GGCAGCUGCUUGCUUCUUGGUUAUAUGGAUUGGGUCCGGCGGGGGAAUUUGGCUUUGUCUCUCGUGUCAACGUCGGCUGUGCUCCGUCUCCCCAUCCGGAACGAGUACGGCCCUGGAAUUAUUUCCGGGGGUUUAGUUCGGUAGCAGUACCAGAUGUUGCUUUCUUAGCAAUAGUGCGGCUUACCUGCUUGUACUGAAACAGUUGUUCAAGUUUAGGUGGUGCCAUGAUGGGUACAUGCAUGUCUUAGGGUUCUCUGCAAGCUUUUGUUCGUGGUACUGGGGUGGUACGAUACAUGAAUGGCAGUUUGGUACCUACUGGCUUCUGGGAGGACUAUGAAGCUAAGGACAAAACGGCCUGAAUGGAAGUCCCUCAUGCCACUACAACUAAGCAGGAAAUCUGCCAUGUGUUUCUUUUUGUUCCCCAAGGUUCAGUCGGCUGGUCAAUCACCAGAUGAUACUCCAGUUUAUCUUAACGUGUACGAUCUGACACCCAUGAAUGGUUAUAUAUAUUGGGCAGGCCUUGGCAUAUUUCACUCGGGAAUUGAAGUACAUGGUGUUGAAUAUGCAUUUGGAGCUCAUGACUUUCCUACAAGUGGAGUAUUUGAGGUAGAACCUCGUCAAUGCCCUGGUUUCAGAUUCAGGAAAUCAAUAUUUCUUGGUACAACAUGCUUGGAUCCUAUCCAAGUUAGGCAAUUCAUGGAGCUACAGUCAGUAAACUACAAUGGAGAUACUUACCAUCUUAUCACGAAGAACUGCAACCAUUUUUGCAAGGAUAUGUGUUACAAGUUGACCGGUAACAAAAUCCCCAAAUGGGUGAACCGUCUUGCCAGAAUAGGUGCCAUUUGCAACUGCCUCCUGCCAGAGUCGCUCAAGAUCUCUCCAGUCGGCCAUGAUCCGAAUAGUCAAUCUGAAGAUUCAGAGAAAAGGCGGUUGAGGAACCCAUUUAGCUGUUUCUCUUCAAUCUCGAGCCACAGACAGCUGCCGUCAUCUUCUCCUUUCCCACCAUCCCCUGUGAAGGAGCAUCUCGCCCACUGCUCGUCGAGGAAAUCCAGCACCGCUUCCCUGAGAAAUAGGUAGCCUGGCCCCCGUGUAACUUCUGAUACCAAGUUGUGCUAAUUCGUGCAGUGUCAGCAUCCGGACCGCACGGUGCGCCCCGUGCUUGUAGCUCGCUGUCAGGUACUUCAUUUUGGUCCGUAAAAGUCUCUGAUGCCUGAUGUUGCUGUAUCAUGUAAAACCCAAGCGACGUGUGUUGAUUCGCCUCGGAAAGAUCUGUUGGGGGUGAAUGCCACUCGAUUCUACCCGCCUAUGUAUCGGUGAUUUGUAUAUUAAUCCAUUAUUCUUUCAGCCGUUG